CGGCUGCGGGACCAGAUCAAGACAUGGGUGGCCUCGAACGAGAUCAAGGACAAGCGGCAGCUGAUCGACAACCGCAAGCUGAUCGAGACGCAAAUGGAGAGGUUCAAGGUGGUGGAGAGGGAGACGAAGACCAAAGCCUACAGCAAGGAGGGGCUGGGGCUGGCCCAGAAAGUCGACCCCGCGCAGAAGGAGAAGGAGGAGGUCGGGCAGUGGCUCACGAACACGAUCGACACGCUCAACAUGCAGGUGGAUCAGUUCGAGAGCGAGGUGGAGUCGCUGUCGGUGCAGACGCGCAAGAAAAAGGGGGACAAGGAUAAGCAGGACCGCAUCGAGGCGCUGAAGCGGCAGGUGGAGCGGCACCGUUUCCACGUGCGCAUGCUGGAGACGCUGCUGCGGAUGCUGGACAACGACUCCAUCCCGGUGGAGCCGGUGAGGAAGCUGAAGGACGACGUGGAGUACUACGUGGAUUCCUGCCAGGAGCCCGACUUCGAGGAGAACGAGUUCCUCUACGACGACCUCGACCUCGACGACAUCC